AUGGACUCGUACGCGUACUACGGUCAUAGGGCGAGUCCCGUCAACUUGAACGCGCCGAAUGACGACUAUAGCCAGGACGUUGACACGUCCAAGAUCGUCGUCGACGCCCCCACGUUUACGAACCUACCCGAGAGCUGCGACAAGUUUCGUAUCCUGGUCAUUGGAAAAGCUGGGGUAGGAAAGUCGACAAUAUGCUCGACCGUGUUUGGUGUGCCCCCGGAAAAGACAGGAGUCAGUCACCGUACUGUCGGGACGAAGAAGGAGAAAGUCUGGCACCCUAUUACCUUUCCUGGCGAGAAUGAGAACCUCGUUCUACACGACUCGGGCGGUUUCGAGGCCGGCGACUUGAAAUGCGUCGACGAGAUCCACAAGUUUAUCAAGCAUCGCCGAGAGCAACCCAACCUCGCAGAUCAACUGCACUGUACUGCAUCAGCUGCCGUUCGAACCGACCGAUCGAGAGCGCCGAAAAAGAAUUUCUUCCUGAAUGCCGAUGUCGGCGACAUCCCAGUCGUCGUUGUCUUUACACAGUUUGAUACCUUGGUCGAUGACCAUUUCUGCCAGCUACGCCGGCGCCAGCGUAAUCGCGGCAAGGCGGUCGACAUGGAUCAGCUCGAAAGGGACGCCAUGAAUGCUGCCAUCGCCGACUACGACUCCAACUAUCGUGGACAAUUUGAGAGGGAGUUUGGACGGCGGUUGCGUGUGGCUAUCAUUAGGCUCAGCAUGCCGCAACCAGAUGACGGCGAGCCAAUGGAGACAUCCGGUGUUGAUUCCUUGGUCAAGGAAACGAGAGGAAUGCUUCUGGAAGACGGACUGAAGCUCCUGUGGACGGCAGCGCAGUGCCACUCGGCGGAUAUGAAAUUGAAAGAAUCCAUCAAGCUGGGUAUGGACGUCUUUUGGAAAGCAGUCGGCACUUCUUCAAUCCCCUUCAUCCCCUUUGUAGGUGCCACGGCCAUCUACAGCGCCUUCAUCAAAAUCCUCAAGACCAUCAACACCAUUUGGGGCAUUCCAAGCUGCACGCCUCUCCUCCAUGACUCCAAGGUCCGCAAUCUCUUCCUUCAAGGGUGCUUCGACGCUUCAGCAGGAGACAUUCUCGGCUCCAAGUUUCUCAUGGCACUCAACUUCUUCGGGCCCUUGACAGCAGCCCAGACCGCCACCAUCAUCCUCAAGAUGAUCGCAGGCAUCUCUCUCAUCUACGAGAAGUUGUUCUGGUACAUCAAGAACCACCCAGAUAGGGUUGUGAGCCCAGCCACCAUCGGUCGUAUGGUGACCGAGUUCAGAAGGAGCCAAGGACAAAGGAACAUGUCUGCCCGCUUGACGUUUAGGAUUCAUCUUGGAAACUGCUACGACAAGGCGGCGUGCCUGGCUGAGCUAGAGGAGGCUGUUGAGGCGGGUCGGAGUGCGAUGGGCAAGGAGGGGAUGAGGAAGAAGACGAUUGUUGACAAAUGA